GUUGCGCUGCCAUUGGCAACGGCUGUGUCAACAAAUCUUUGUUUACAAGUGGCAGAUCGCUAGCACGGACACAGCCUCGAUUUAGUUACAAAUUAAUAUUUCUAACACAAAUGUAAUGGGUAACUGUAUAGCCAGGGUAUUACGGCGGCGAAAAAUCAAAAGGCACAUAGUUUUAAUCCUUAUAGGCUUGGACAAUGCGGGUAAGACGAAAACAGUCCACAAUUUAACAGGAGAAGCAAACUCUGAUGUCGUCCCAACAGUGGGAUUCAAAGCUGUUAACUUAGUCCACAAAAGUACACCAGUAACCAUCUAUGAUUUGGGUGGUGGGACAAAUUUUCGGCAGAUUUGGUGCCAAUAUUACAGUGAGGUGCAUGGGGUGAUAUUUGUUAUCGAUUCGAGUGAUUUCGCACGCUUGGAUGAGUGUAAAGAGGUGCUAGAAGAGGUGCUAUCGCACGAUAGAAUAUCGGGUAAACCGAUCCUAGUUUUGGCCAACAAGCAAGAUAAGGCUGGUGCUUUAGAUGACAUAGACGUGGUUGAGAAACUCAACAUUGAACCAUUAGUGAAUAAAUACCGAUGUCCAACCCUAGUAGAAUCUUACAGCGCUUCACUGAAUGUGAAAAACAAAAAGGAACAAAUAGACCCAGGCUUAAAGAAGGGUUACCAAUGGCUGUUGAACUACAUCGUCCGGCGAUACGACGACAUCAACUUGCGAGUUCAAACUGACAUUCACGCUGAGCUGGAAAGACGGAAGAUUCAAAGCAAGGCGCACAGGGCAUCACAGACUUUCACGGCUGCUAGCGAUGAAAUAACGACUCAAACAGGUUUUGACAACCCUACCUAUGAUAAUUUCACUAAAAACUCCACGCCAAUAAAACAAAAUGGUCAGGAAUGUGGAGUGAUUAUUGUCAAACCUAUCCGACAUGAGAACAGCAGUCGCAAUACCACAGUAACGAUAGAAAGUCGGGAAGAUUCUGGCAACACAAGCCUUCCGCGGCCGAAAUUAUCGCCUUUCUUUGGCAAGGAAAGUGAUAAUUCGACAAUAACGGAUGGUGGAAAGAUUGAACUGGAUGUGAGAAGUGAAUUUAGGAAACUAUCACCGAUUGUGAGGAACUUGGGGCCGGUGAAUGGGUUUCAAAGCCGCUCCGAUUCGUGCUCGUCUAAAAAGUCAGAGGAUGGAGUGGUGGUAAGCAAGAAUUCGUCGCAAAUAUCAAAAAAUGACACCUCACAAAUUAAUCAAAAUGGCGCCUCUCAUGUUUCUCAAAAUGGCGCCUCCCAGAGUUCACAAAAUGGCGGCUCGCAGAGAUCAGCAAAUGUGACAGAGGUGUGUCUCGGAGACUCGUGGGACAAGAGACCAGUGUUGGUCAAUGAGGCUGAGGUUAAUGGCGACAAUAAAGAGGUUUUUCAUCUGGAUCGAUCAAUCUCCAAGACUCCCUCCACCCUCCCCGCGCGCCUCGCCGCCCCCGCGCGCCCCGCCACCACGUCGCAACUGGUGCGGCGGCAGCUGGAACUAACGGCCACUACGCACAAGCGGCGGCUGAGUUUAAGAUAUCUGCACCGCGCUAAAACGUCUCCGGAGCCGGAGGGGCUCCGGGUCUCGGGUUCGAAGCACGACAAGGGUGACUUUGCGCAGGCGCUCAACUAUUUGCGUCAGAAAGACCAAACUCAGUGAUACCGGUUUAUAAGAGAUCGCACAUCAAGAUGGAUGCUUCGGUAUAAAAUAGAAGAAUGUGAUGUAUUUGUACUUUCGUAGUUAAUAUUCUAGGUUUUCAGUCAGGGAAUAGGUACCUAUAUAUAUAUCAGUUUAUAUACAAGGCUGUAUGCAACGAAUUUAAACGGGAAAUACUAUUUAGGAUCGUGUAGAAGGAAUAAGUAUAUUUAUUUUAAUUUUGUUUUUAUGUGAAAUUAUUACUGUGAGUAAGUACCUACUUGCAUUUAAACUAGACUAGGCUACGUUAGUUAAAACCUAGUUAUAAAAACUGUUAUCGUAAAAUGUGUACUAGAGGUAACUUUUCUACACAACAUUUUGUAAGUUACAAAUUGGAAUACUAUAUUCAUAAUAAAACAAAUAUAUUCGUUAAU